AUGCGCAAAGACACGUCGGGCGCGAGCGGCGGGACGUCGGGCGGAGGGAUACCCGCGAAUCCAGCGGGUUGUCGCUUGCUCUGGAGGGGCAAGGUGAUGAGCGAGUACGGGCUCCCUUUGCACGGUGUCGCCUUCAUCGCACACCUCUUCACCGUCUCGUCCUCCUUCUCCCCUUCUCUCGCUUCGUCCUCCGUUUCGCCUUUCGACGACCCCUUCUCCUCCUCGACAUCUUCUAUCGCAUCUGGAGCAGACAUGUGCCUCGGUCUCGAGAUGCUGCGCGGCGCGCCGAUCACGAUCAAGGGCGAAGUCAAGGUUCGGCGGAAAGGCGAGUCGCCCGUUGCAGAGCGGAAGCUUCCUUCGUCAGGAGGAAAGAAAGGAAAGGGGAAGGCGAAGGAGGAAGAGGUACAGAUAAUCGAGGUCGAGACGCCGACAGACGUGCGGGUGUACAUUGACGAGCGGUGUCCUGAGACGGUGGACUGGUUGGAGGACAAGUUCUGUCGCGAAGGCAGCGAGGGGUGCGGCAUCCGGGUCGAUGCAGGAGGCGAGGAGGUCAUUCUGUUCGCGGCCUAUCCCGACAUCGCAGCGGACCAGGAGAACGUCGAUCCCACGGCAUCGACCUCGACUGCACCGUCUCGUCCGCCUCUCACGCUUCUUCUCGGUCGGCAAGCGCGCGCGACUUUGCGUCGACCUCGUCCAGAUGAUCCGGCUCCUCGCGAGAAUAUCUUUGCCAAGCGACUACGCAAGACCGCCUCUCUGCCCGCUCCCGUCACUACCGAGCCGACACCUCCCACCAAAAAGCCUCGCCGCCAGAGCGCGAAAGACAAAGCGAUCGCCUCCCUCCUUAGCGCGAAGGGCGAGCCUGUACCUCUGUCGCGGAGGGUCCGCGCAACCUCCUCACAGCCGCCCAACAUCGCUUUUCCUCCGCCUGCACCUCCCACUUCUCGCGUAUUCGGCCGCUCGACCUCAUACCAGCGUCUCCCCUUCAUCGGUCCCACUCGGGACCUUGCCCUCGGACGUCAAUCGUCACUCCCGCCUUCCGCUGCCGCAUCAGCCCGGCGAGGCUCGACAGCCGGUCCUUCCGCCGGUCUCUUUCAGCGCACCGCCUCCCGUUCUUCCAUGCUGCUCGACUCUCCUCCCGUCUCAGAGGACGAAGACUCUCUCUUACUCGACCCUCGGCACGGACGACACACAAGUCGUGCGCCUAGCCCAACUCCGAGCGUUGCCAGCGCGUUUGGCGACCUCGACGAGGAAGGAGACUUCGUCGGCGAGGGAAUGGACGCAGUGGCGGAGUUGCGGAGUUUCGGUGCCGGUGCGAGUAAGGCAAGGAGUACGGGUGCGGCGAGGGGACUGGCGAGAAGCUCGAGUUUGCCGGUUGGGCAGUUUGCGAUGGGCAAGGCUGUCGGGCAGAAGAAGGCUGAAGCGAAGCCGAGGGCCGAAAGGGAGGGAACGGCGCUGCCCGGUGUGGGAGAGGGCGAAGCUGCAGAGGGCGGCGGCGGAGCCGUCGAGACGAGGAACAAGAACACGGUCAAAAAGCUCACGCUUAACCGCAUGACCGCCCUCGGCUGCGGCAAAGCGCACCCCGAGUUCCGCGACGUCUUCUCCUUUACGACUCGCGGCGUCGCUUUCGCCAUGCGCGCGACGUUCAAGCUGGCCGUCCUCUCGCCCGCCGACCGCGAACGCGCCGCCGACCUCAUCGAACAGCACCUCCGCCUCUACCUGCAUCGGUCCUUCUCCGCCCCCUCCACUGCCUCGCUCGCUCCUCCGGCUCCAGUCAAGAUGGAACGCGUCGAGUCCGCCGGUCCGCCUAGCCCGAAGAGUCUUGGAGACGGUCUCGAGGAGUCGCUCGUCAGUGUGUCGGUGUCCGGUAGCCAGGACGUCGACAGGGGGGCCGAUACUCAGCUCGACUUGGCUGAAGGAGGCGCGAUGGAGGACACGCAGGUCGUGGAAGAUGACGAAGAGGAGGCGGAUGAGGUCGUGCUCGUCAGUCUCGCGGGCGUUCAGUCGGCGGGAACGGCUGGGCUGCAGCCCGCAAUGUCCGUGUAG